AUGCAUGAAGAGGAAGCAUCAAAGGCUCCAAGAGCCCUGUCCCAUAUCCACUCAGCUGUCACAGACCUUGUUUUUACAAGGAUCAUGGCAUGCGAAAUAGCCAGGAAUCCUGGACAAGUGAGAGAAGAGUUCAUGGGAAGUAGCACUACAAGAAACAUGCAGGUUCUGAAUUUAAGAAGGGAGUUUGAAUCUUUAAGAAUGCAGGAGGCUGAGAAAGUGAAAGAAUAUGUUGACAGGUUGAUGAGCAUUGUCAACAAAAUCAGAUUACUUGGAGUGGAGAUGUUAGACAGCAGAAUAGUAGAGAAGGUAAUGGUGAGCUUGCCGGAAAAGCACAAGAGCAAAAGAAGGGUCCUAAGGCUUGAAGAUGCGAAUAUGAAGGGGCAAUGCUGGCAACCUACAAAGGCAAACCUAUGCAAGGGAAUUAUAGGAAGUCUGCUGGGAAAAAAGAGGAAAAGAAAAGUCCAACAACCAAUGGAACAAAAGCUAGUGGGAUGCGAAAUUUUCCAGCCUGUUCUCAUUGCAAAAGAAAGGACACUGCAGAGACAAAUGCUUGUUCAGACCUGGUAUCAGUGUAGGGCCUACAAACAGUUUGGGCAUAUUGAAAGAGUAUGCAGAAACAAAGGAGAGCUCCCAACAGCAAGCUCAACUGCUGAUGAAACAACAGAGUGCAGGGAGACAGAGCAGCUGUUUAUGGCCUAUCCAACUUGA